GACGGAUAUGGAAGACACAGGAGUGCAGAAGACAAUUUGGGACGGAGAUGCCAAGGCUGUUCAACAAUGUCUGACGGAUAUAUUUACCAGCGUAUACACCACCUGUGAUAUACCGGAGAAUGCCAUAUUUGGCCCCUGCGUACUGAGCCACACUUCAUUAUACGACAGCAUAGCUUUCAUCGCCCUCAAAUCUACAGACAAGAGAACUGUACCCUAUAUUUUCCGGGUGGAUACUUCAGCUGCAAACAGCUCAUCCGAGGGACUGAUGUGGCUCCGUCUGGUUCAAUCUGCUCGAAACAAAGAAGAGCAAAAUCUGGAAGCCUAUAUUAAAAAUGGACAACUGUUUUACAGAUCCCUGCGCAGGAUUGCCAAAGAUGAGGAAUUGCUGGUUUGGUACGGGAAAGAAUUAACAGACCUUCUACAUCUGAACCAUGGCAGGACAUCUGGAAAAAACACUGGGUCCACGUGCCAGGAGUGCAACCAGAGGUUUCAGUUUGAUUUCCCUUUUGUGGCUCACGUGAGAUUUCGCUGUCCCAAGAGAAUCCACAGCUCUGAGUCCAGUUCGGAACAAGCCUACAAAGAGAACAGAGAGAUGGAGCCUCGGAAUUCAAUCACAACUACAGCCAAAUACGGCAAAUUAACCAUUUACCAACCUCAGAAGGAAAAUCACAAACCCACAACAGACUUUCACAAUCUAGCCAGAGACAUGGAGAAUUUCAGAGGGGCAUCCUCCUCAUUCACUUCCUCACCGCCUCCCAAAGCCAACGUUUCGCGUCAGGAUUUAGAUUCCUCAUCCGACAGUAUGCAUAAAGCCAAAAGAAAAUACGAUGACCAAAUGGACGAUAACAGGUCCAAGAGGAUUGAGGCAUCUGUCAGGUUUUUGGAUAGACCAAUGCCUUCAUCCAAGGAGGACUUAGUGUGUAGUCCUCAACCAUUUAGAGCAAACUCCUACUAUAAUAUAGAGGAAGUAGGACAGUUGUUUGCCCCACCUAGUCCAGAAACGGGCGAAGCCAAGAGGAGUGCUUUUGUGGAGGUUAAAAAAGCCUCAAGGGGGGUUGACGAUGAAGACCUGAACUUGGACAAUAAAGCAGCCUCUCCAUCCCAUUCAAGCAGUCCCCAUGAGGAAAAACGAUUACACAGACCAGAAAACCAGACAGAGGACAACACUGCCCUGGGAAGUGCCUUUACUAGCAUCGCCCAGGUGACAAGCCAGGAGCAGGAAAGAAAAAGCGCUUUCUCUCAACCAACCAGAAGCAGCUUCAGCCAUAUAUCUCCACUGCAGGUGAUGGGACAGAAAAUGGUAUCCAGCGGAGUAAAUGUGGACUGCCAUUCAGAAAAUGUUGCUCCUGCAAGGCUCUUCCAGUCUGACCCUCUCUCAGUGAAGCUACAGAGCUCUGAAUUAAGCAAUAACUGUACAUUGCAAGGGAGCUUCUCAAAACAGAGCCCUUUCCUGUUUGCCACCGCGUUUUGGCCAAAGAGCUCAGCAGGUCCACUACAGCUGCAGCUGCCUUCCACCUUGACAUUGCUUCCACCUUCCUUUACUUCCCUAUGUUUGCCAGCUCAAAACUGGUGUGCCAAAUGCAACGCUUCAUUUAGGAUGACCUCAGAUUUAGUGUAUCACAUGAGAUCACACCACAAAAAGGAGUAUUCCAUGGAACCGCUUGUGAAGAGGAGGAGGGAAGAGAAACUCAAGUGUCCCAUAUGCAAUGAGUCCUUUAGGGAACGCCACCACCUCUCCAGGCACAUGACAUCUCACAACUGAAGCCAAAUGGACAACGUUAAAUUUGGGUGGUCAACUUGUAGCUAGCCCAGAAGGAUGGAGAUGAAAAUUUCAGUACAAACGGUAGUAGAGGCUAAGCCACUCCUGCUCUAUAUUUUAGAAACUUCUAUAAUCGCACAUUUUAGCGCGCUGGGAUCCUCCGACAGUGUGUGGGUCUUUUUCUCUCUGAAUGCACGCAUUUUCACUUUCCAAAAGAACAUUUUUAAAAUGAUAUAUAUAUAUAUAUAUAUCUAUAUAUAUGUAUAUAUAUAUAUAUAUAUUUCGGCAUAUUGACGCAUUUGUCAUAUAUUUCUACUUAAAUUAUGAAGCACUUAUGGUUUAGAUGUAAUAAUUAUUAUUGUAUGUAAGGUUAAAUUUGUCUUUUUUUAUUUUGGAUAAAAAAUAUUUGGAUGCAUAAUAGUUUGUGCAAUACCUGACGACAUUUCCCUGUUCUCAGCACAAAAUCAAAAAGGACUUUUGUCACCCAGGAGACGCAUGGACAAUGUCACCACCAUAACAGUAUGAUCUUCAGCCAGAAUAUUAUAUGCCAACUAUAUUUCCUUUUCGAUACAAAUUGUAAUUUUGUGCCAGUGAAUUAAAGUCCACCUAGUUAUUUGUUUUCAUUUAUCUCUCCUCUCCAGUUCAAAUGAAAAUACGAUUUAUUAAACUUUAUAGUUUAUCUUGGUAUGUUGUAUGCUUUGACAAUAAAUGCUUUAUUUUCUGCAAAGCA